AAUAAAUAACUUGAAAGAAAAGGGAGGGAAGAUCAAAGAGGCCAUGCAUUAAAGCAAAAGCAUGCAUGCAUUAAAAGUUGUGAGAAGUGCAUAUAUAUAUAUAUAUAUAUAGUGAGUGAUAUAUAAAAAUCCAACAAGUUUUGGAUGAUAAUAUAUAGCAAUGGUGAUAAGUUAGUUAGUUAGGUAAUUAAUGCAACAUCCAACAUACACAAAUAUUGAUCAAAAUGAGGAGUCUUGGAGUGGCCAUCGGGAGUAGCGGUCGAUCCGAGCUGGUCGAAGAGGAUCACGAUCAUGAUGACGUGUCGAAGGCCGCCAUCGCAUCUUACCAAACAAGAGAAAAUGCGAUUGAACAUAGGAAAUUGCAAAUCCGUGAGAAGGUUGAAUCGCAAUUCGCCCGCGCUGAGGAAGAAGCCAAACGGUUGAAGCAAGUGUGGGAAGAACUGGAAGUAUUCACAGAUCCAAUGAGAAAGGAAGUGAGUGUUGUCCGAAAAAAAUUGGACACUGCCAACAAUGAUAUCAAGUCUCUUACCCUCAUCUGCCAAAAGAAAGAAAAGGAAUAUAAAGAAGCAAUGGAAGCUUUUCAAGACAAAUGCAAAGAGAAAGCACAGCUCACCACUGCCCUCAUCCAGCUAGUGGAUGAAAGCGAAAAGUUGAGAAUGAAGAAAUUGGAAGAGCUCACCAAGAUUCUCAAUUUAAAUCCAUAAUUUUGAUUUUUUACAUUGUCAUCUUCUGUCUGCCUUUAUCAUUUCCCAAAGUCUAGAUUUUUUCUUUC